AUGGAAGAAGUAGACAUGGACCUCAAAAUACCUGACCCAUUACGAGCCGAUUGGUUCAUGGUUCUAGUCAACAUCCAAGCCGAUCUCAUCUACAACGCACUCGUGGUCUUAACCUCACCUCUCUUCCUCCUCUACCGCUCAUACCGCCGCGCAACCGCUACUAUCUCUGCCGCGGAAAAAGCGGUUAAACGCGCUCCGUCGCGGAUAAAGAGCGGUGCGGCAAGGGCUGUUAGAAGGAUAUGGUUUGGUGUAAUGGGUGCAUGCCACGUGUCGAUGGUGAUGGUGGUGGCGAUGAUCGUGGCGGUUGUUGUCGGUGUCGGGAUUGUGAGUUUGUAUGUAGAAAAGCCUGUGGUUGUGAGAGAAAGAUUGUUUUUCGAUUACACUGAAGAAAACCCAAGUGCGGUUUUUAGCUUCGAUAAGAGAAAGAGACCGUUUGGUGUUCCUGUUGGUCAUAAGGUUCAUGUCUCGUUAGUCUUUUGGAUGCCUGAAUCUGAUCUCAACCGAAGAAUUGGAUUAUUUCAGUUGAAGGUAGAGCUUUUGUCAUUGAAAGGCGAGACAAUAGCGAGAUCGAGCCAACCUUGUAUGUUACGGUUCAGAAGCAAACCAAUAAGACUUGCAAGAACAUUUCUGAUGAGUGUUCCACUUGUUGCCGGGAUAGCAAACGAGGCUCAAACAAUGAGAAUCGAUGCGUUAAUGCACCAAGAGAAAUGGCCAAGGACAAAAGCCGUGAGGGCUACUCUGAUUCCACGUGCAUAUACUCGGACAUUGCCUCAGUUAUAUGAAGCUGAGGUCGUUAUAAACUCGAAUCCUCCAUGGAUGAAACGGAUGGCUUAUAACUGGAAAUGGACACUCUGCGUUUGGACUUCCAUGUACCUAUACGUCCCUAUUCUAAUGACUCUUCUAUGGUGUUUUAGACCAGUUUUGUUCCCAUACAUUGCCUCAAGAACGUCUUUGGAGAUCGAAAACUCGGAGAUGGAAGUCGUCGAAGAAGAAGAAGUAGUAAUGGAAAGAAGAUUGAGGGAAAGAAGAAACAAGCCUCGUCGAAGAACUUUCACUACGACACAGGAAACUUAUUAUACAUAG